ACUUGCUGCGGGAGCCAGCUAAAGUCACGCAUCCAAGGUCAAACCAGCAGGCGUAACCAUGCCGCACUCCUUCGGUUACCGCGCGCGCACGCGCGACAUGUUCGCCCGUGACUUCGGCAAGAAUGGAGUCAACGAGCUCAGCAUUUACCUGAGGAAGUAUAAGCGUGGAGACUACGUCGACAUCAAGUGCAACCCCUCCAUCCACAAGGGUAUGCCCUUCAAGUACUACCACGGCAGGACUGGCAUCGUCUUCAACGUUACCAAGACCUCGUUGGGUGUGCGCGUCAACAAGCAGGUGAACGGUCGCAUCAUCUCGAAGCAGAUCCACGUCCGCGUGGAGCACGUGUCGCCGUCCAAGUGCCGCGACGAGAUGAAGAGGCGCGUGAAGGAGAACGAGGCCGCCAAGAAGGCUGCAAGGGAAGGAGGAGAGAAGCAGGUGCUGAAGCGGUCCCCUACCCAGCCCAAGGGCGCAUACGUGGUGAGCAUGGGCGACCAGGACGUGGAAACGAUCCAGGCGCUCCCCUUCGUCGACCUCGUCUAAACCCUUGCCUUGCUGCUGCUUGGUUGCUGUGCUUUCGCUUCCCCGUUUCGGCUCUCUCUGUCAUGGAGAUGUCGGUGCGGAACACGCGGCGAUGAUGCGCGCACCUUGUUGUUGGAUCUCAGGUUGGAUCAAGAAAGCGGCGUGAGUUGGGCAGGGCAGGGCUCGAGCAGUCUGCGAGUCCCGCUCUCCGCGAGUGCCUUGUUAUGUUUGCGGCCUACAUUUAUUCCCUGUGCCAUUGUGAAGCCUUCCCGGGUUUGAUGGCCUCGUUUUCCGGAGGAGCGGGGGAAGGGGGGGGGUUCGAGUGGUGCGGCUUGCGGCUUGGACCGUCUUUGGGCGUUUUCGCUUCUUUGGCAGGCAGUGCUUGGAUUCUUUCUCGUUUCGGCGUUUUCUUCUCUGGUCUUUGGUCUGGCGUGCUGGCUCCCUAAUUCAUCAAGCACGAAACUAAACAAAUACAAGUGUGAUUGCUUCUCGGUUGGCUGGCGGGUGGCGUGUUGGCAGGAAACUACUGUGAUGCCGACCACGUGUCGGCCCCGGCCCCGGCCCCGGCUGCUUUCUUAUGUUUGUUGGCCAUGUGUGUCAUUGCCAUCCGCGACGCCGCCUCCCCCCGUGCGCGCGCGCCUUGUACCGUUGCACUGAUC